CGAACCAAGUUGUCAGGAGGAAGGGGAGAGCCACUGCCAUGAAGAGGGUGCCGCCAACAGGCCCGAAGCCAAAGCCAGAACCCCAGCCACAGCAGCUGGAGCCUCAUUCCCAAAUCCCCACGGAAAUACCUGCAUGUGCACCAUCAGAUGAUGUGACGCGUCCAUCUUGUUCUCGUGACUUGCUUCAUGCGGAAAAUGUAGUUGCUGAAGAUGAUAACGACCCAGAGUACUGCCAUGACUAUGCAAAGGACAUCUACCAGUAUCUGAGAGAGCUUGAGGAAAAUCGAGCUAUCAGACCCAAAUACCUGACUGGGCAAGAAAUCAGUGGGAAAAUGCGUGCUGUACUAAUAGACUGGCUUGUGCAAGUACAGAUAACGUUCAAACUCCAGCAGGAUACCUUGUACUUGACAGUUGCCAUCAUAGAUUACUUCCUGCAGGACAAUGCUGUUUCUAAGAAGAUGCUGCAGCUGGUUGGUGUCACAGCUAUGUUCAUUGCCAGCAAAUACGAAGAGAUGUAUCACUUCCAUACUGCAAACUUUGCCUAUAUAACCGAUAACACUUAUACAACCAGCCAAAUCAUCCAGAUGGAGGUUCAGAUCCUGCAAGCCCUGGACUUUCAUCUGAGUUGUCCCCUAGCUUCACAGUUCCUAACUAUGGCUUUAGAAGUUGCAAAGGUAAACACAAGACAGCGUGUUCUGGCUGAAUACCUGAUGGAGUUGACCAUUCUGGACUAUGAUAUGGUUCAUUUCCCCCCAUCCAAGACUGCAGCAGCUGCUUUGUGUUUGUCUCUGAAACUUCUCCAGGGAUGUGAGUGGACAGAAGCUCUACAGUGCCACACAUCUUACACCGAGAGUGACCUCCUCCCAGUUAUGCGACACAUAGCAAAGAAUGUAGUUCUUGUGAAUAAGGCUACCACCAAGCAGAUGGCAAUCAAGAAAAAAUACGCCAGCUCUAAAACCAUCAAUAUAAGCACCAUUGAACAGCUGAACUCAUAUGCCAUCUGGAAUCUAGCCCUGGCUGUGACUAAAAAGCUUUAACUCCUAUGCGAAGUCAGUGCCAACAU